AUGGGGGAGGACCUCCAAGGAAUAGUUAGAGCGGCGAAGCUUCGUCCGGAUCUUCGUGACCCUCAAUGUUACGCGACUAUGGUGAAGAAUAUUGAUGCUCAUCUCAAGUCAAUGACCGAUACGGCAGCUGAGCAUGAGGCAUUCAUGAAUAUGCGGCAAAGCAAGGAUGAGUCAGCGGUUGCAUUUCACGCUCGGUUACAAGAAAAAGUAAGGCUUUGUGGAUACAGCCCGAACGAUCAAGAGCGAUUUGUGCGGGUACAACUUCUGAAGGGACUGACAAACAGGGAGUUGGCGAAAGCUGCUCGUACCUUCGGGCACGAAACUAUCUACAUUGUGCAAUCGGCGACGAGAGAUGAGGCGUACCACACCGAAAAUGCAACAUCGAGCGGUAUUAGCGCCCUUGCAGUUUCACAACGGCGCAGCGUAUCUGAUGGCAAGUUUCGUAAACGCCAGAAUAGAAACCAGGAUACAGGCAUACGCCAACGUUAUGUACCUUACACUAAUAAGCCUGGUCUAGGACGGCGUUUUCGUUGCUCGAAAUGCAAUAGGAUGGGACAUAAACAAGACCUAUGCCCAGCUCUUAACAAAAAGUGUAACACAUGCGGUAUGCUUGGUCAUUUUGCUGUUACUUGUCACAAGAAACGUGUUAGUUUAAUUCAAGAAAAACAGGAAAGAAGAGAGCCCAAAGGUUGGACUGACGAUGAAAAUAGUAAUGAUCAGCAUGUAAACGCCCUUUCUCUCAGCGAUGUACUGGUGGAAUGUCGCUUGGGUUCGUCGAAUCCUAUUCGUAUGCUCAUUGAUUCAGGAGCAGACAUUAACGUAAUCGGGGGUGAUGAUUGGAAGGUCUUGAAGAAAGAGUAUCACUUAAAGAUAGCUCAAUUGGAACCAAUACAUUGCUCAGGGAACAAAGAGUUGCGUGGUUACGCUUCGAACAACCCUAUGAAAAUCAAUUGCUCUUUUCGCGCUCAUGUUGCGGCAGUUGGAUUAACCAAACCGAUCGUAGCAGCAGAGUUUUUCGUUGUUGAUCAGGGUCGCAGAUCAUUACUUGGUAGAUCAACGGCGAGUGAGAUGAGAUUACUGGAAGUGGGACCGGCAGUCAACAGCUGUGAGAGCUCGGACACAACAGGAAGUUUCCCAAAGGUACCUGGGGUUAAAGUGAGGUUCAGCAUCGAUGAGACUAUACCUCCUGUAAGAAACGCAUAUUUCAAUGUGCCCGCUGCUUAUCGCGAAGCUGCUAAAUCUCGUCUUACGGAAAUGGAGGCUCGCGGAAUAAUAGAAAAAGUAGAAACGGCCCCAAAUUGGAUAAGUGGUAUGUCCGCGGUGGCCAAAGGAAAGAACGACUUUCGCUUGGUCGUCAACAUGCGCGCCCCAAAUAGGGCAAUCAAACGGGAGUAUUUUCGACUUCCGCUAGUAGACGAGAUAAAAUUGAAGCUGCAGGGUUCGAAAUAUUACUCUAAGUUGGACUUGAGUAACGCUUUCUACCAUCUCGAACUCCACAAGCAAUCGCGGGACCUCACUACCUUCCUGACAGAGAACGGUAUGUAUAGAUUUACAAGGCUUAUGUUUGGUGUAAAUUGUGCUCCCGAAAUCUUCCAACGAGAAAUGUGUCGGCUCCUGGAAGGUAUUGCGAAUAUAGUUGUAUACAUAGAUGACAUCCUUAUUUUCGGAAAAAGCUUAGAGGAAGUGUGA